AUAAUUCACCAAAAUAACGCUGGGCACACUAUAUUUUCCAUAGGAAACAAAACACCGAAACUUUUUAAAACAAUUGAAAUAGCGUCAUGGAAGAACUACGCAAGCAUUUAUCCUCUGUAAACGUGCCCUGCGGCUCCGGGUCGGGCGGUCCUCCGAUAUACAAGGACGAGUGCGUCUACUCCUACGACGACCCAGAGACGCCCACCGGCCUGUACGUGUGCCUGCACAGCUUUCUGGGCUUCGGUGAGGCCUAUGUGCGGGAGUACGCCAGUAAGACCGGCCACCAGGUCUUUCUCCACAUCCGCCGCGUCAAGACUCCAAAAGAGGGAGAGGGCGUCGACGCCGAGUGCAAUCCGGAGGAGGAGGCGGGGCCGGAGCGGAAGAUCACCCGGCUGGCCAUUGGCGUGGAGGGCGGCUAUAAUGAGUCGGACAUGGCCAAGAAGUACGAGAUCAAGGAUACGUACAGCAUCGUUGUCGCGCCGGAGCUGGACAAGAAGCUCCCCUAUCCAGAUCCCGAGCUGCCGAUGCGCGUCACCCAGGCGGUGGAGGCGAUUCUGGCCGCAGACUCGGCCAUUGCCAAGUUGGAGAAGGCCACUCUGAUGGGUACUUGGGAUGGUGAAGUGCGACAGGCAUCGAAAUAUGCAGAGAAUCUGCAGCAGCUGGACAAUGGCAAGAAGAUACCGCCGGCCGGCUGGCAGUGCGAGAAAUGUGAUCUGACCAACAACCUCUGGCUGAAUCUAACCGACGGCUCCAUUAUGUGUGGACGCAAGUUCUUUGAUGGUAGUGGUGGCAACGACCAUGCCGUGGAGCACUACCGCGUCACAGGCUAUCCAUUGGCCGUCAAACUGGGCACCAUAACUGCCGAUGGUAAGUCAGAUGUCUUCUCUUACCCGGAGGACGAUAUGGUGCUCGAUCCGCAUUUGGAGCGUCAUCUCUCCCACUUUGGGAUCAACAUGGCCGCAAUGAAAAAGAGCGAAAAGUCAAUGGUUGAGCUGGAACUGGACAUUAAUCAGCGAAUCGGCGAGUGGUCUGCGCUGACUGAGAGUGAGAGCGAACUGCAGCCGUUGGCCGGACCGGGAUAUACGGGAAUGCGCAACCUGGGUAACUCGUGCUACAUCAACAGCGUCAUGCAGGUGCUCUUCGUCAUACCCGAUUUCCUGCAGCGCUUUGUGGGCACCGGAGCCGAGCGUUAUUUCAACGAGUUCCCCAGCGAUCCUGCCAAUGACUUCAACAUCCAAAUGGCCAAGCUGGGUACUGGCCUGCAGUCUGGCAAGUACAGUAGCGUGGCCGAGAACACUUUGGAUACUGAUCACUCCACAGGCAUUUCGCCGGCCAUGUUCAAGAACAUUGUGGGCAAGAAUCAUCCGGAUUUCAGUACCAAACAGCAGCAGGAUGCGAACGACUUCUAUCUACAUUUGCUCACCCUGCUGGACAGGAAUUCGCGCAACCAAACCAACCCGGCCGAUGCGCUUAAGUUUUUGCUUGAGGAUCGCGUCGAGUGUUUGGCCAGUCGUAAAGUGAAAUAUAAGACGCGCGAGGAGUACAGCUUCCGGCUGCCUAUACCGCUGGAGAAGGCCACAAACUUGGAUGAGGUAAGGGAGCACCAGGAGCGAGAGAAGGCGGCACGCGAGACCGGCCAGCGGUUGGUGGAGCGGGACAUUAUCAGGCACAAGGUGCCGCUGCAGGCCUGCCUGGAACGCUUUUUCGCCCCGGAGCUGAUCGAGCAGUUCUACUCUACGGCCAUUGAGGGCAAGACGAAUGCUAGGAAACUCACGCGCCUCGCUACCAUGCCCGAUUGCCUAAUGAUUCACUUGGGCAAGUUUACGCUGGGCGACGACUGGGUGCCCAAGAAGCUGGACGUAUCCGUGGACAUGCCGGAUGAACUGGAUCUGAGCAAUUGGCGCUCUGCCGGCGGCUUGCAGGCUGGCGAAGAGGCUCUGCCGGACGGUGCUGUCGAGGAUGUGAAGUUCACCUUUGACGAGGCCGUCAUGUCCGAGCUGCUCACUAUGGGCUUCCCCACGGAGGCCUGCAAGCGCGCUUGCUUCCACACGAAGAACAGCGGCCUAGAAGCCGCCUCCAACUGGCUGAUGGAGCACAUUGCUGACGAGGACAUCUCUGAGCCCUUCGUGGUGCCAAAUAAUCGAAUUGGAGACUGUUCUGCCGAUCAGUUUGUGGCCAAUCCGGAAAGUCUAGCCAUGCUGAUGAGCAUGGGCUUUGACGAACGCCAGGCUGUGGCCGCCCUAAAGGCUACCGAUGGCAACGUGGAGCGCGCAACCGACUGGAUCUUUUCGCACGCUGACUCCAUCGGCUUUGAGGAUGUUCCGCCACCCGCUUCAGCUCCAACCGCUGCGUCUGGAGCAGCCGCAACUAGUUCGGGGCCCAACAAAAGCCAUUAUCGCGAUGGCGCCGGCAAAUAUCGCCUGGUAGCCUUCAUCUCGCACAUGGGCACCUCCGCCCAGGUAGGCCACUAUGUCUGUCACAUCCGCAAACAGGGCGAGUGGGUCAUCUACAACGACAGCAAGGUGGCCAAGUCGCAGAACCCGCCCAAGGAUCUCGGCUACCUAUAUCUCUACAUGCGCGACGAGUAGCCGUUGCCAGACGCCCGAUCUCAGGCCAAUCCCAAAUAUGCCAGACUCCCAGAAAAUCUUAUAUUAUGCGCCCCUUAAAAAAUGGAAAUUAAGAAAAUAAACUUAUAUAUUGUGCUACACAA